CCAAUAUAAGACGCAACCGGCCGAUGCGAACAAAGCAAGCAAAAUAAAUCAAACCGGAGAGAUUAUCUUCGCCGAUAGUGUUUAUUUUCUUCCUUUCAGUUUCCCCUAUGGCGAGGAUCUGCAGCUCCGUUUUGCUUUUCCUUUUGAUUUCUCUUUUUGUUUCGCACGUUUCUUCCGAGAUCCGUAUCACGGAGAUCCGAUCCGAUGCCCACCCCAUAAUCCCCUUGGACCAGUUUGGGUUCACCCACACUGGUCGUCUCGAGCUCAACGUCUCUCGGAUUGAUCUCUCGAACAAGAAUCCGGACAUCGACUUGGCCAAAGUCGGGUUCUUCCUCUCCACGCUGGACGCCUGGAUGCACGUGCUUCAACAACUGGCGGACAGCGAAGUCACUUGCGCUCUCGAGUCCGAUCUUGUCAAGCGCGUCUCCGAUUUCAAGGCCGCCAAAGGGAAAUCCAGCUUCGACGUCUCUGUCCCUGUGAGCGACGCUGAACAGUACACGCUGGUCUUCGCAAACUGUCUCAGUGAUGCCAAAGUAUCGAUGACCGUCCGAUCGGCGAUGUACAAUCUCGAGGGGAGGGAUGGCCACAGGGAUUAUCUCUCCGCCGGCAAGACAAUUCUCCCUAGGGUUUACUUCCUUUUGUCCCUUGUUUAUUUCUCUCUCGCAGGGAUUUGGAUCUAUGUGCUUUACAAAAAACGACUCACUGUUUUUAGAAUCCAUUUCUUUAUGCUGGCAGUCGUUGUUUUAAAAGCUUUUAAUCUGAUAUUCGAAGCAGAGGAUAAAUCUUAUAUCAAACGAACCGGAAGUGCUCAUGGUUGGGAUGUUUUGUUUUAUAUUUUCAGUUUCUUGAAAGGGAUCAUGCUUUUUACUCUGAUCGUAUUGAUCGGUACUGGUUGGUCGUUUGUGAAACCCUUCUUGCAAGACAAGGAAAAGAAGGUUUUGAUGAUUGUGAUUCCACUUCAGGUUGUUGCUAACAUUGCCCAAGUUGUCGUCGAUGAGACCUCGCCUUUCGGUGAAAAUAGGGUCACAUGGAAGCAAGUGUUGUUGCUUGUUGAUGUCAUUUGUUGUUGUGCCGUGUUGUUCCCCAUUGUUUGGUCGAUUAAGAACUUGCGCGAGGCAGCUCGGACGGAUGGGAAAGCUGCGGUGAAUUUGAUGAAGUUGACCCUGUUCAGGCAGUAUUACGUUGUGGUCAUCUGCUAUAUUUACUUUACUCGUGUUGUAGUUUAUGCUUUGGAGACUAUUACUUCGUAUAAGUAUUUUUGGACUAGUGUGUUGGCCGGGGAGUUGGCUACACUCGCCUUUUACGUGUUUACUGGGUAUAAAUUCAAGCCAGAGGCGCAUAACCCAUAUUUCGCAAUCGAUGAUGAAGAGGAAGAGGCUGCUGCAGAGCAGUUGAAGCUUGAAGAUGAGUUUGAAUUGUAAUACCGAUCAUCAAGAUAAGAGAAACCUAUGGACACUGAUUGAAGAAAGUGAAUGUCAAAUCAAACUGGGACAUUGAGGUAAAACCCAUAUUCUUGAAAAUGGCAUCACUGUUAAGAAAACACCAUGAUAAUUCGUACUAUUUUCCCUUUUGGUUUACUUUGUAGGAUAAUAUUAAACUUCGAUGCACUUUGUGAACUUUAUAGUCUGUAACAAAAAUAAACAAGCCAUGCUAUACUUUUUGUUCAAACUGCUUGUUUAUUGAAUAACUCAUGGGAAUAUGUUGUAGC